CCGCCAGUUUGCGCCUGCGCGGUGCCGUUAGCGAGGGUGCUGCGGAAGAAACCAUGGCGGAGCUUGAGCCCCCAAAGAAGAUUCCUUUGGUGCCAGAAAACAUCCUAAAAAAAAGGAAGGUCUAUCAGGCGAUCAAGGCCACCCAGGCAAAGCAAGCUCUACUUGACAAGAGAAAGCAUCGGAGUGGAAAACAGAUCACAUUCAAACGCCUUGAAGUUUUUUUGGGAGACUCUCGGCGGAAACACAGAGAUGAUGUCCGUCUGCGGCGCAUGGAACAUAAGCCUGGGCAGCUGAUAAUGCCUGAUGGACACAAGCUGGCAUUUGCUGUACGAAUUGCAGUAAUUAAAGGAGUAAGUCAUCGAGUGCGACAUGUGAUACAGAGGCUGAGAUUAAGAAAGAUUUACAGUGGCACAUUUGUUAAAUUGUCACCAGCUUCACUAAAAAUGCUGCAAACAGUGGAGCCUUAUGUGGCAUGGGGGUAUCCCAAUCUUAAAUCUGUUCGAGAGUUGAUAUUGAAACGAGGCCAUGCAAAGAUCCAAAAUAAAAAAGUUGCUUUGACAGAUAACAUUCUGAUAGAGGAACAUUUGGGAGAACAUGGCAUUAUUUGUCUGGAAGAUGUUAUUCAUGAAAUUUAUUCUGCUGGAAAAUACUUCAACGAAAUCAAUAAAUUUUUGUGGCCCUUCCAUCUGUCUGUGGCUCGGCAUGCAGCCCGUAAUAAAAUGGGGUUCCAGAAAGAGAUUGGUAAUCCUGGAUUUCGAGGCAAUGAGAUUAAUCAGCUCAUACGUCAUUUGAACUAGAUCUGGAAAAGUGUUUUCAGAGGAAGUUCUGGAAGAUACUUAUUUGUACUCCAUGAUGUACAUUCAUUUUCCAGCAGCUUCUGAGAUAAUAUGGCAUAGUAUUUUCAUAAUUUCAGGAGGAAAACCAAGGUAAUGGAGCAACUAGGCUUCAAGUGAAUUGAUAUCACUUAAAAGCAGCAAAGUAUAAUUCUGUGUAUUGAACAUGGAAAAACAGAAGAAUUUGUAAAAUCUCAGACAUGUGAAGCAUUUAUGAUCCUUGAUCUCCAAAUUAAUAUAUAUUAAAGGACAAUGGAGAAAAGAUUUAAACCAUAGUUCUGCUUCUUGCUUGGAGCUGAACUAUAUGUACCUUUAGUAAUAAAGUGGAAAUAUUUCUUGUAAUAUAUUUUCUUCCAGUCCAAGCACACUACUGUGUUAACAUAUUAAGACAUAACAAAUCAAAUAUAACUAAACCUGGUGAAAUGUUUGGACUUGUAUAAUAUCUAGUACAACUCUGGUUCAGUGUUUGAUCAGACUUGAUGGCUAGUCCCCUUUUCUAAAAUAGACAGUUUUAAUCUGUCUAUUUAAACAGUUUUAAACAGUCCUUGAACUGUUUGUAUGAGUACACAAUGAAAUACAUUUUCUUAAAACUGCUUGUUGAAUGGUUUGUUAGUAUAUGUUGUAACAAAUGCAACUUGGAAAUUCUUACCAGGACUGAUUGAAACGAUGUUACUUAAUAAGUUUUAACUACUCUGAAAAAGAGAUUGUUGUUCCUAUUAGUCUUGCUUCUAAGAGACCACAAUUAAAUUUUAGAUUAAUUAAACUUAAAUAGAAAAACUGAGGGACAAUAAGCAAUGCAACCUGAUGUAAACACUUUCCUACAUGUUUCCUACUUGACAUUCAUGUAAAACUAUUUUAUAAAAAAUUGUAAAAUAUC